CUCAUCAGAGCUCAGCACAAUCCAACAUAUCAGCCUCCUUUGCUUACUUCAGACCCUGCAUUUCCAGUACUGGCCAUUGUUGUGCUCAGCAUCAUGUGUACAGCUUUCUAGCUUGCUGGCUAUUUUGUUUUUGUGAGCAAAUGUUGCACUUCUGACUGGUACCAACUUAACCUGCUAAGCCAAAUAUCUUUGUUUCGACUGAGACAGGAGGAGGAUACGUUCAUUGCUUUCUCUCCGAUGAUGUGGAAUUGUGGCCUCGAUGAAUCAGCCAUUCAAGAGAUACUGACUUUUUGGUUCGAAAGAGAAGGCAACGAGAGAAGCAUCUACGGUUGUGUGGUUUGUCUGAAUGAGUUUCAAGAGCAUGACAUUCUUAGAGUUCUUCCCAAAUGCAACCAUGCUUUUCACUUGGAUUGCAUCGAUAUAUGGCUACAAAGCAACGAAAAUUGUCCUCUUUGCAGAACGAGCAUUUCGAGAAAUUUGCAGUAUCCGAUCAAUCAUAUCGUCGCUCCUAGCUCUUCACCUCAAGACUCAGAGCCAUCCAGUUCCGAUAGCUUGACCAGUAGGGACGAGGACUUCAUAGUGAUAGAAUUCGGAGAAGGAGAUGGAGAUGCCCUAUUGUCAUAUAGACAACAAGAAAGGGACAAUUCAAGAGAAUCAUUGUCGUCAUUGCGGUUGCAGCCUAGGGUUCAAUCAUCAAGAAAGCCGGAGCAGAAGCAUAGGAACUUAAAAUCAAGAAAACAGCAUCAGCACCAUCUCUCAAUUAUGGGAGACGAGUGCAUUAACGUCAGACAGAAAGGUGAUAACUUCUCAAUCCAACCUACCAGGAGAUCUUUCUCGUUAGAUUCCGCCGUCGACCGGCAGCUUCAACAAUCGGUUCAAGCCGUCGUUCAACAAAGCAGACAUCCCGGAGGGAGUAAUACCACCGAAAAAUGAAGUAAUAGAGCUCAGACAUCUUUGUUUCCAUUUUAACAUGACAGGAGACGGAGAAACGUGGUACUUCUGCCUGAAUUUUGAUCUGUAAUUAGAGAUUGCUUAAGAUUAGCUUUUUGUUGUUUUGCUUUCUUUAAGAUGGAUUUUUUUAGAGGCAAAUGAGGAAAGCAAAAGAGCGUAGAGUGGCUUUUCAGUAUGUUUUUACAUAGAGAGAGAAAUGGGAAAUCAUUGCUUAAGGCACUUUGUGGGGAUCAGUUUGAUUUCAUUCCAUUUUUGAGGA